AGGAAGAUGCUAUUCGAACUUACUUUUUCGACUCAGCUUGCACUCAUUUGCAGAUAUGCUGUUCUUAGCUGUUAUCUUCGUGAUUGGCGUUUUUGCGCAACAGACGUUCGCUGACGCACCCGAAGCGAUCGUCGGCGGUGAGCGUGCCGCGCCGGGCGAAUUCCCGUGGCAAUGUUCCUUAAGAGUUAACGGGCAGCAUUUUUGCGGUUGUUCUAUCAUUGGCCCCAAACAAAUUUUAACUGCCGCUCAUUGUGUGGAGGGCAUUUGUGUUUCACCCAACAAAUGCACGAUUGAUACUGGAAUGAUUAAUGUUGACAAAGGACAAUCUCAUGAAAUACACAAUAUUACUAUACAUCCCAGAUAUGAUGGUAGACGAGAGGCAUCUUGGGUGAAUGACAUCGCUGUGAUCAUCCUCAAGAAUGCGAUAAAGUUUAGCAAUGUUCAACGUCCUAUUAAAUUGACCGACAAGCGACCAACCCCAGGCACGAUGUGCACAUUGUCAGGAUGGGGUGAUACAAAAGCCGGUGGACCUUCUUCAAAAGAACUUCUCAAGAUGAAGCAGGCCGUAGUCGGUCAGGACGAGUGCAGAGAAGCAUUCUAUGGACAACAGCCAAUUAAUAAAAAGCCAUUUGUACAUCCCAAUUAUGUGGAUAGUGUAUCGGAAUCUUGGGUGAAUGACGUCGCCGUGAUCACCUUUAACAAACAACAAUCUCCUAUCUGCUUGGCCGACAGUCCGCCAGUGGCUGGCAUGAAAUGCACUUUGUCUGGAUGGAGUAUAAUAAGGGCCAAUGGACCUCUUCCGACGUAUCUUCUUAAGAUGGAGCAGGCCCUAGUCACUAAUGAACAAUGUGAACAAGACAACAGAAUGAAGAUAUAUCCAAGCCAUUUGUGUGCAUACAAUAAGCGUGGAAUCGGCGCUUGCCAGGGUGACAGCGGCGGUCCACUUGUCUGCAAUGGCCGACAGUACGGUAUCACUUUUUGGGUUCUUCCUUGCGCUCGCGGUGUUCCCGAUGCUUACACCAGCGUCUAUCAUCAUCGGGAUUUCAUCCGAAGCUCAUAAAUGAUAUACAGAUUUUGGCACAAUAUGAAGGCACAAUAUGAAUCGAUUUAAUUAUGUCAACUCACCGCGUCAACGUAUCAAAAGAACAGCCCGUUGUGAUAUUCGGGAAAAGCGCAACAAUACAUCGGUUGCGUUUUUAAAAUACAUGAAACUCUUCUGUAUUUGUUCUUCUUCUACUG